CGCCCAUCCAAACAGCGUGCUAGUCUUGAGCUGCCAACUAUCUAAGACCCUAUCCCCGUAAGCUUAAUUGAAUUCCCUACACGCUCUCUGUACUCUGUCCCUUCCACAGCCUCCGGCAGCGCAGAGAGAUAAAGAGAUGAUGAACAAGACAUGGAAGAUAAUACCAAGACCAUUACUAGAAACAAUCCUAAACAACCACGCUCAGCACCACCGCGUCCCUCAGCCUCUCAUACUCCAUGGACCCCGCGGCGUCGGCAAAACAACCCUCAUCCUCGAACGUCUCCUUAACGACUGGAACAAAGGUCCUCAUAUCACUGGUUAUGUGGACUUUGCUCAAUCGAUCAAGGGCCACCACCCGCAGCACAACAACUCUUUCCCAUGGGCGUCUUGGUCUACCUGUGAUUCUUCCACUCUUUCCAGUUGCAAAACCCAACUCGAAACUUGCCUUGAAUCAAUGGCUUAUAAGGGUAUCCGACUUGGCACCAUUACCUCCAAUCAAAUCUUCUCCACUCUAAACAAAUGGCACCGCCUUGACACUGCCCUUCGCCGGAUAAUAAUCCUGAAUAAUCCCAGCAGUCCCUCAAGAUCAAGAAAUACCAUUUCUGACAAGGUUUCCGGUUCGGUUCUUUGGGAGCGGGCAGUUUUCGCGCUAUCUGCUCGAUCAAAUGCCAAAGAGAUUGAUGAGCUUCUGGGAUUGGAGGGUAAAGGAAAUAACUUGUCAUUAGAGGAGGCUUCUUAUUUUAGAGAGGCGAUUGUAGCGUUGAGAUUGGCUAAGGAGGUGAUUAAGGUGCAGCAAGGGUGGAGAGCUAAUGCCAUUGCUCAUUUGAAUAGGACUGGUGGAUUUUCUAGGUCAUUGGCGAAUUCAUGCACCGAUUGGCCUUGUUUGUUGCUCGAGUUGCUGUCACAAGCUGCUGAGAUUGAUUACUUUCAGCCGAAGUUGGUUAUAAACAAUAUUGAAGUUCUUAAAAAUGCCAUUUUAACAGAUGAUUCAAUGGUGUCUGCACCCCUGUAUCAUGACAGUUUGAUAUGGAGAAUUAUUGCUUUGGGUGCGAAUGAGAGAUGCCUGCCUGUUAUGCUCAUCUCAUCUGAUAGCUACUAUUCAUACCAAGCCUACGUGGAUUUUGGAUUUCCAGACAUAUUCAUCUCUCGUGAGACCUUUGGAUGGACUGCACAAGAAGCUAAAAUGCAUAUGGUUACUGACUACUUCAGUCAUUCCGAGUGGGCGGUGAUUGUUGAGGUGCUUGGGCCAAACCCUCGGCAUCUAUUUGAGCUUUAUGCACUUAAACAAAGCAACUAUUACCAGAUCGUAUUGGAUGACAAGGCUAGUACAUUUGAGGACAUCAUAGAUGCAUAUUUAGCAUAUUUGCAGGUCACUGUGGUUAAUCCUGCCAUGGAUAAAGCACUUGGAAUCCUGCAAAAGUUUGCUGAUGAUGCACGAAGUGGAAAAAUUUCAAAAGAUAUAUUAUGUUUUGGUGCUCCUUGGAGGCAUCCUCCAAAGAGGGACGACCCUGCUCUUUAUUUGGAAUGGGCUAAGCUUCAACUAAUGGACUUUGUUCAAUGUCUAGUUAACACGGAAUUUGGGGUUAAUUAUCUGGCAGACUAUAGCCUUGAGAUCUUUGAUGAUCCUUGUACUCUUGCAUUGUUAGAGGUUGGUUUGCUUUAUGCCCAACGUGAUCCAUCCUUCAUUCGCCCUGUAUCUAGAGGCAUUCAGAGAUGUCUUGUGAGAUGGCUUGUCCAGGAACGGAUGUGUAUGAGUUUCCCGAAUUUGCUCCAGUGUCUGUGGCAGCGGAUUAUACGUGGCCGUAGUUAUCGUCAUUUGAUGCAAGAAGUGGGCUACAAAUAAAACAAAUUAAGAAACAUUAGUCCGCAACACUUGGUGCUAAAAUGAGGUGCUAGAGGUUGGUAAACUAAUUACUCUUCAAGGUGGUUGUCAUCCACUGCACCACAGAAAAUAUCUCAGGAUAUAUUUUGACAAAGGCAUAUCCAUCGAGGCAGUUUCUCAUUUAAACAUAAAAGUGGCUGCAAAAGUUUACUGCAACAUUGUUUUGCUGAACUGAAUAUAGGUUGCUGUAGUGCAAUUCAUUGGCUUUGAAGUCGCAAGAUUUGAUGAAUGGAUCUUUUUCAUUUGAAACUUGGAGGUGAUCAUGGUACAUAAUGAGGGAUGUGCUGUGGACUAAAUCCAUUAUUCUCCUGUGGCUCCCCUGACAAAUCAGACGAGGAGGAGAUUUCAACUUAACGUGAUUGACGGAGGCAGAAAUAUUUGCAACAGCAUUGAGAAUCUGAACCUGAGCCUAUGAUGUAUAACAGUUGUUAAACUUCGCGGAUGUCAUGGCUUUUUUUUUAACUUGCAACCGCUCACCCAAUCAUUGCUUUUUCUUCUUUAUAUGCACAGCGCUACAGAAUCCAAUUAUUAUUUUACUAAAAGGAA